AACAAAAAAUAAAAUUACAUAUUGUUUUUCCAAAUUACUCAAUUAAUAGAAAUUUUGUGUGUGAUUACUAUUUAUUGUUUUUGUUAAUAUGUUGUAAAUGUUUGCAUAAAUUAAUACAUAUGUUGAAUGAUUAAAAAACUGUGUAAAUUUUUCUGUAGUACGUGAGCGUGUUGUGUAAAUGCAAAUGUUAAAGAAAGACAUCGUCUACAUUUUUUCAACUCAUGGCCUUAAGGAAAAAUAUUGCUUAACAAAUUAAAAUGGACACAUUCGAUGUCACCGAUAAAAACAGCUGGUAUUUUGGACCUAUGUCGCGUCAAGAUGCUACUGAAGUGUUAAUGAAUGAACGUGAGCGAGGAGUAUUCUUAGUACGCGAUAGUAAUUCAAUAGUAGGCGAUUAUGUUUUAUGCGUAAGAGAGGACACCAAAGUUAGUAAUUAUAUUAUAAAUAAAAUACAGCAAAAUGACCAAAUAGUUUAUCGCAUUGGAGAUCAAUCAUUUGAAAACUUACCAAAACUUUUAACAUUCUACACAUUACACUAUUUGGAUACAACACCAUUGCGCAAGCCAGCACCAAAAAAAAUAGAACGAGUUGUGGGGAAGUUCGAUUUCGAUGGCAGUGAUCAGGAUGACUUACCAUUCCGACGGGGCGAAAUAUUAACCAUUGUCAGAAAGGAUGAAGACCAAUGGUGGACGGCAAAGAAUUCAAUAGGGCAAAUUGGACAAAUUCCCGUACCUUAUGUGCAAAAGUAUGACGAGAAUGUAGAUGAAACUUUGCUGGAACGGGCGUCUUCAGGGAGUAGCAGUAAUUGUGGUAGUAGCAAUAGUAUCAUUAGACAACCAAGAGUUUCAUCUGGCGGCGAUAUUGCACCAACAGCUUCAACAAUAAACCAACUAAGCAAUACUUUAAAGAAAUCUGAUUUGAACAGAAAAUUGCCAGCAUUUGCUCGGGUUAAGCAGGCUAGAGUUCCCAAUGCUUAUGACAAAACCGCUUUAAAACUAGAAGUGGGAGAUAUAAUAAAAGUCACCAAAACGAAUAUAAACGGUCAAUGGGAAGGUGAGCAUAAAGGCAAAAAGGGUCACUUUCCUUUUACCCAUGUGGAAUUUAUAGACGAAAGUGAUUUCAGCAGUAAGGAUUCCACGACACCACAACAACAAUUAGUUGAAGGACAUACGAUAAAUAACACCGAUUGGGGCGAAUAAAAUGUCUUUCGACUUAAUUUUUAACAUUAA